AUGCUGACCCGCCUGUUCAGCGAGCCCGGCCUCCUCUCGGACGUGCCCAAGUUCGCUAGCUGGGGCGACGGCGACGACGACGAACCGAGGAGCGACAAGGGCGACGCGCCGCCGCAGCCUCCUCCUGCUCCCGGGUCGGGGGCUCCAGGACCCGCCCGGGCUGCCAAGCCAGUGUCUCUUCGUGGAGGAGAAGAGGUUCCCGAACCCACGUUGGCUGAGGUCAAGGAGGAAGGAGAGCUGGGCGGCGAGGAGGAGGAGGAAGAGGAGGAGGAGGAAGGACUGGACGAGGCGGAAGGCGAGCGGCCCAAGAAACGCGGGCCGAAGAAACGCAAGAUGACCAAGGCGCGCCUGGAGCGCUCCAAGCUGCGGCGACAGAAGGCCAACGCGCGGGAGCGCAACCGUAUGCACGACCUGAACGCGGCGCUGGACAACCUGCGUAAGGUGGUGCCCUGCUACUCCAAGACGCAGAAGCUGUCCAAGAUCGAGACGCUGCGCCUGGCCAAGAACUACAUCUGGGCUCUCUCGGAGAUCUUGCGCUCCGGGAAGCGGCCCGAUCUGGUGUCCUACGUGCAGACUCUGUGCAAGGGGCUGUCGCAGCCCACCACGAAUCUGGUGGCCGGCUGCCUGCAGCUCAACUCUCGUAACUUCCUCACGGAGCAGGGCGCGGACGGCGCCGGCCGCUUUCACGGCUCGGGUGGCCCGUUCGCCAUGCAUCCGUACCCGUACCCGUGCUCGCGCCUGGCAGGCGCACAGUGCCAGGCGGCUGGCGGCCUGGGCGGUGGCGCGGCGCACGCCCUGCGGACCCACGGCUACUGCGCCGCCUACGAGACGCUGUACGCGGCGGCGGGUGGCGGCGGCGCCAGCCCGGACUACAACAGCUCCGAGUACGAGGGUCCGCUCAGCCCCCCGCUCUGUCUCAACGGCAACUUCUCGCUCAAGCAGGACUCAUCCCCCGAUCACGAGAAGAGCUACCACUACUCUAUGCACUACUCGGCGCUGCCGGGCUCGCGGCCCGCGGGCCACGGGCUGGUCUUCGGCUCGUCGGCCGUGCGCGGGGGCGUCCACUCCGAGAAUCUCUUGUCUUACGAUAUGCACCUUCACCACGAUCGGGGCCCCAUGUACGAGGAGCUCAACGCGUUUUUCCAUAACUGA